UUUGUGUAUUCGUGUCGGACUGUCUCCGAGUGUCAGUUGUUAUUAUACAUUUAUUUACUCAUACACUUGUGAUUGAAAUUGUGAAGUUAUCUAAAUUUAUUUUAAUUGGUCUUUUAUUUAUUUAAUAAUUUAAUGUGUUACUUUUAGUUUGUGGUGGUAUUACCACAUUUUAAUAAUAACAGUGUACUGUCUUGAAUAGUAUGUAACUGGUCGAAAUAACAUUACCUAAUAUGAGUUUACUCCAAAGUGUGGCAUUUUGUAAAGGACCUACUAAUAAUAUUCUGUACAUAUUCAACAUCGUUAUCAGCUGAUUGAUCACAAGAACUACUAACUAUUUACGUGUUAUCAGUAAAAAUCAUCGUUACAACCAAUACACAAGCCUUAUUUUUCGUUGAUUUGUAGUCAUCAACGCUGAUUUACUUAUAUUAAGAUAUAAAUGUAAUAUUAUCUUUUUUGGCAUAUCUUUUUAAAUUAACACCCGAUAAUUAAAAGAUUAGUCACAUAUCCGACACGCAAUCCAUUCUAUGAAUAAUAUAUUAAAAUAUAACAAAGUCAUUUAAUAAGUCAUUUAAAAUGGCUGAGAGUAAACACGAGAAGACAUAUAAGAAUCCUAGAAAAGAUGGAAAAGAGAGAAACCCAGGGUGUUGGGAUAAAUUUAAAAGUAUCUUCGAAAAUAGAGGUUUCGAUUUGGAGUUCGAAUUUACUGACCCGAAUACGCCCAUCGAAAAAAGGGCAUCAACACUGAACACACAUAGAAAAUCGUUUUCCGAAAUCAGUAGUAGCAGCAUUGAUAGUGAUUCGUCGCCAGCAGUUAAUUUCUACGAUCAAUUUACAACAUUGAGUGAAGAUAGCAAAAAUGAAGUAGAUAAUACAUUCCGAAAGACAUCAGUUUCUAGACCAAGAGUUUCUAUGAGACCUAGUAUGUAUUUGACGAAUAUCAUAGAGGAGACUAGCAGUAUAGGAGAUAUUGACCCUAUUGAAUUGGAUGAGAACAGAUCCCCUCCGCCAUCGUACAUCCCCUCUGCGCUGCUGUAUGCUCCUCCGGAACCCUUAGAGUUACUAUGCGUGUUCCCGGAGCGGGCGUCGCGCGUUUGCGCGGCUGCCUCAGCGGCGGCGUCGCGGGUAGGCGGCGAGGCGCGUACAGUACGAGGGUUACGGGAAACGCUCGAGCUACUGCGACGCGACGUCGACCCGCGACUGCCGCACGUUGUUGUCAUAGACGCGCGGCAACCGCAGUCGCUUGACGCAAUCGCGCUCGCCAGGGCAAUAAGAGGAAUCAAAAACACUCAACAUAUAAUUCUCAUAGCCGUCGUGAAGAAAAGUGCAUAUCUGAAAGAUGAUUUUGCUGUGCUGCCCUUCUUAGAAGCAGGGUAUAACAGGGUAAUGGUGGAGACGCUGGGUGCAACGGCGUGGUGCGCAGAAAUGCUUCAGGCCCGGUCGGCCGCGACGGCUGCGCGUGCGCAGAUCGGCGCUGUGGCAGCGCUCGCCGCCGCCGCUGACCGUUCCAGAGACCUCGUGGCUGUCACUGAUGACCAGCAAAGAAUACUUCUCACCAACAAAUCUUGGUGUCGGGUACUGGGCUGGCGAGUGGAAGAAGGUCCUCGGCCAUUCACAGAGACAGCUGGGGGCGAAGCCCUGCGACUGGCUUCGAGCGGAGCGAGAGAUUGGGAGGCUCCGGUGACACUCCGUAGAAGAGCCGCACCAGAUCCCAUACUACUGCCGUGCAGAGGAGCUGCAGUUGCUUUGACCAGGAGUACAUCCCACGUGGUGUUCGUGUGCGAACCCACUAACGCGAUGGACGGCGAGCGCGGGCGGGGGUCGCUGCACUCGAUCCGGCGCGGCUCGCUCGACGUGCGCUCGGUUGCGUCCGACGGGCUGCGGCGAACCUCGCUGGCCAAGUUGCAAGGACUGCCGCUGGAGGCCCCUAUCACAAAGGUGAUCACCCUCCUGUCAGCGGCAACAGAGGGCGCCCCUCCGUCGACUGUCGCAUGUAUUGAAAGAGCGGUGGACAUGCUUCGAACCUCAGAACUCUACUCUCCACAAAUGAAGGAUGAACCCAAACUGAGGGUCGAAGAUCCCAUCGCCACUGAUCUUAUAGGGGCAUUGCUAUCGCAAGGACCUACAAAUAUAAUCUCAUCUCGGCGUAGCAGCAAUGACUCCACUGUGGUCAGGCAAACCAAUAGGACCAAUAUUAAGCAUAAGACGUCCGGACAACUUCGAGAACUUCUCGACACUGCACUCACCUGGGACUUUGAGAUCUUCCGACUGGAAGAUAUGACUCGAGGCAGGCCGCUGACACAUCUGGGUCUCACCCUCAUGGGGCAGCGGUUCGACCUAUGCGGAACCCUAGAGUGUGAUGAACGAACCUUGGCUAACUGGUUGACUACAAUAGAGACCAACUACCGCCCAAAGAACAGCUACCAUAACUCCACGCACGCAGCUGAUGUAUUGCAGGCCGUAGCGUUCUUCUUGGAGAAAGAACGACUAAAGUGCCUGCUUGAGCCGCUGGAAGCAGCGGCUGCACUGGUAGCGGCGGCUGCACACGACGUGGACCACCCGGGUACCUCUUCCGCCUUUCUGUGCAACUCGUUGGAUCCGCUUGCCAUCCUCUAUAACGACGUCAGCGUGCUCGAAUCGCACCACGCUGCCCUCACGUUCAAACUCACUCUUAGUGAUGACCGCGUGAACAUAUUCAAGAAUCUCGACCGGGAAAUGUUCAAGACGAUCCGGCACAACGUUAUCGACAUGAUCCUCGCCACAGAAAUGACAAAGCACUACGAGCACUUGGCCAAGUUCGUCAACGUUUUCUACGCCACCAGCGGCGGCAGUAAGGAAGACGGCCUACAGGCUGAUGUGAGUAAGACCGACGAACCCCUGUCUUUGGACACGACAGCGCUAUCGCUGCCGGAGAAUCUGGUCUUAGUAAAGAGGAUGAUGAUCAAAUGCGCUGAUGUCUCAAAUGCGUCUAGGCCGCAGAAAUUCGCCUUUGAAUGGGCGAAAAGGAUCGCGGACGAAUACUUUUUGCAAACGGACGAGGAGAAAGCGAAGGACUUGCCCGUCGUGAUGCCGAUGUUCGACCGCGCCACCUGCUCCAUCCCGCGCUCGCAGAUCGGGUUCAUCGACUACAUCAUCAUGGACAUGAUGGAGGCCUGGGCUGCAUUUAUCGACAUGCCGGAGCUGGUGAGCCACGCGCGCAGCAACCACCAGCGCUGGCGGGAGCUGGAUGAAGCAGGUGUUACCACCAUCGCGGAGGUGAUGAGGGCACAACGCCAGUACGCACUGCAGUCUACACCCAGUAAUACUACCACCACCACCCAACCCACUGCCGAGGAGUAAAAACAAGAAGUCAGUAAGACCUCGGUCACCAACUGCUAAAGUAUUAGCCGUACCUGCUGAGAGACUUCUGAGACUAAAGCGAAAGAUCUUAGUGUGAUCACGUAGUUAUAACAGGACAUUGACAUUUGACGCAAAAUCAAACGUACAAGAUCAACUCCUGAUAAUAAUAAUAAGUGUCACUCAGUCGCACCAAUGGCCUGGUCCUCAAAGACACAUGUGUUAUAUGGAACCAGGCACCAUAUAUCUAGGGGCACAAUCCAGAGCAUAUAUAAUAUAUGUUAAUAAUAUAAAAUAGACAAAAUGAUGUUAAACAUAUAUAAUUAUGUAAACCGGUAGUAGAAGUAUUUGGAUAUUCAAUAGACAAGUAUCGAUAUAAAAAAGUCGAUCGCCGAGGACAAAUCUAUUGAGAGCUACCUGAGAGCUUAUUCUUAGGGGCUUAUUACAAACUUAAUAGUUUUAGAUCACGUGACUACAAACUGGCCUGUUUUGUCUAUAAUUUUAGUGCCAAUUUGCAAGACAACCGAAUGUAAUCUGUGAAAAUGUCAGAUUUUAAGUGCUCAUAAUAAACCCCAUGAGAUAUUAUAAAUGAAACGAGAUACCAAAACCUAUAUAAACCAUAAUCUUUAAAAAAAACAUUUGUGAAACUAUAAUAUAUAUAUAUA